CAGCUGAUGGCAGUUUAAUAUUUUUCUAAUCUAUUUGUUGCUAGUUGCUCGUGAACCUAACAAGUAAACUGUGCAAAAUGGUGCAGGUGUGGUAUAUGGAUACGGAGGAAACCGAUCAGCGUUUGGAGCACCAUCGCAAUCCACCAGCCUACUUGGAACUGGGAGAUCUUUACAAAAAGACAGGCGUGGAAUACUUUAAAAUCAACGCCGACGAAUACCAGAGCGAUAAUACUCUCACGGAACUGAGGGCACAACGUGGUUAUACAUACGAUGAUGAGAUCACCUGCUCGGAAAAGUGCCUCCCUGACUAUGCCAACAAAUUGAAAGCCUUCUUCACCGAACACCUGCACACUGAUGAGGAAAUACGCCUUGUUUUGGAUGGAUCCGGUUAUUUCGAUGUUCGCGACAACGAGGAGAACUGGCUACGCAUUCUGGUGGUUAAGGGAGAUCUGAUUAUAAUACCCGCUGGCAUCUAUCAUCGCUUUACUUUGGAUUCAAAUAACUUUAUCAGAGCUCGUCGCUAUUUUGUUGGUGAGCCAGUGUGGACCCCACACAAUCGUCCUGCCGAUGACAUGGAUUGCCGAAAAUCGUACAUCAAACAUCAGUCCGAAAACUUUGUACAACUGAACAAGGUUUAAAUUGUAUGUCCUACCCACUUUGAUAA